GGCAAGGCACAGGCUGAUAGCAGAGCAAUCACCACCAAGACUGUAAUAACUGCAAGGGCUCAGCUGAAGGGUGCCCGAGGGGCCACGGAGUGAGGAUGGAGAAAGGAAUGAAUGUUCUUCAUGACUUUGGGAUCCAGUCAACGCACUACCUCCAGGUGAAUUACCAGGACUCCCAGGAUUGGUUCAUCUUGGUGUCCGUGAUUGCAGACCUCAGGAAUGCCUUCUAUGUCCUCUUCCCCAUCUGGUUCCAUCUUCGCGAAGCUGUGGGCAUUAAACUCCUCUGGGUAGCUGUGAUUGGAGACUGGCUCAACCUCGUCUUUAAGUGGAUUCUCUUUGGACAGCGUCCAUACUGGUGGGUCAUGGACACCGACUACUACGGCAACACCUCCGUGCCACUGAUAAAGCAGUUCCCAGUCACCUGCGAGACUGGACCAGGAAGUCCCUCUGGUCAUGCCAUGGGUACAGCAGGUGUAUACUAUGUGAUGGUCACAUCCACCCUCUCUAUGUUUCGGGGAAAGAAAAAGCCAACCUACAGAUUUCGGUGCUUGAACGUCAUUUUGUGGUUGGGAUUCUGGGCAGUGCAGCUGAACGUCUGUUUGUCCCGAAUCUACCUUGCUGCUCAUUUUCCCCAUCAGGUUGUCGCUGGAGUUCUAUCAGGCAUUGCUGUUGCUGAAACUUUCCGCCACAUCCAGAGCAUCUACAAUGCCAGCCUCAAGAAAUAUUUUCUCAUUACCUUCUUCCUGCUCAGCUUUGCCAUUGGAUUUUACCUGCUGCUAAAGGGGUUGGGUGUAGACCUCCUGUGGACACUAGAAAAAGCCAGGAGAUGGUGUGAGCGGCCAGAAUGGGUCCACAUUGACACCACACCCUUUGCCAGCCUCCUCAAGAAUGUGGGCACCCUCUUCGGCUUGGGGCUGGCUCUCAACUCCAGCAUGUAUCGGGAGAGCUGCAAGGGCACACUUAGCAAGUGGUUCCCAUUCCGCCUCAGCUGUAUUGUGGUCUCUCUCAUUCUCCUGCACCUCUUUGACUCUUUGAAACCCCCAUCCCAAAUUGAGCUGAUCUUCUACAUCCUGUCCUUCUGCAAGAGUGCAGCGGUGCCCCUGGCAUCUGUCAGCCUCAUACCCUACUGCCUUGCCCGGGUCCUGGGCCAGCCAGACAAGAAGUCUUUGUAAAGGAUGUGGAGUCUUCAGUAUUCAAAGUCAAUGACUGUGCCAACGAUUGAGGAUGGCUAGGAUCUUCUGCCAGCCUGUUUUGUGGCCAGAGGUGCUAGAGUCAGCUGAGAAAGCCUUGUCUGUUAAAAGUUCGGUCAUUCUGGAUUUUUCCCUGAAGACUUGCUUGUUCUUUUAGACAUACAAAAGCAAGACUUCCAGGAAGGGUCAGCUCAUCCCAGGUGGGAGAUCCCCACUGAAAAUUUUCUACCUGUCCCCAUCCUUACCCAGACAAGGGAAAGGAGCAGUGAAUUUGAUAGGGAAAGCAGGACCAUUAAGGAAGACUUUUUAGGAUCUUGCGUAUCAUGCAAUUUAUGUUAAACAAUACCUAAAUGGCUUUGUUCAUAUUUGAAUCUUUAGGUAGGGACUCUCAAUAGUGGGGGACCAACUUAAAGUCUAAUUAUAGGUAGUUAGUGGGGUAAUUCUGCUUCUUGUAUUUUUCUAUUAUAUAUCUGUGGUCAUUGUAUUUACGAGGCUUUCUGAAUGGCCACAGAGACCUAGAUUUGUACUAGGUCGGAGCAUUCAGGUACAGUCAGCUUCUCUUCUAUCACACUAGAUCUUCCUCCUUGUUAGCUCGGCUUUCCCUAGAAUUUUCCACCAGCCCCACAUCCUGUCGGAUGCUCAAAUGCCUAAAGGCAACUCUGGGUAGUGCUUUGUAUGGUUUAGUUAAGUUCUGAAAUCUUGGGCAAAAAGGCGAGGAGAGGGCAGGGAGAGACAAGGAUUCCUCUCUCCAAAAGGUCACUCCAAUGUUACUUUUGAUUCCUAGAGGGUAAAUAUGACUCCUUUCUCUAUCCCAAGCCAACCAAGAGCACAUUCUUGGAGGAAAAGUCAGCUCUUCCUUGUCUGUUCUUCAGUCUCAGUUGAUUUGUAGAAUAUGCCUUAAAAAAAUGUUAAAGUCUAUUUAUUUGAGAGUCCUUGUUUUUGCUACUAAUUAUAGAGUUCGCCAUAUAUUACCAUUCACACCAAUCAUCCUGGUCAUAGCAUCUUUGAAAAGAAAAAUAUAUAUGUGCAGUAUUUUAUUAAAACAACAUUUUAUUUAAGAA